UUCAUGGCUUCCAGGCUUUCAGGCGUGGGCCCAAGCGAACGUGAGAACACUGCCUGGUCGGGGAUUGGGCAGUUGGUGGUAGCCUCUCCCCAAGAGUCCUAGUGGAAGAGGCGGCCAAGGAAAGGUGCCAGAGCAGAGGCACACGAGAGAGCUAGUAAACGAAUCGCUUUACUUUUGUCAGGUGGAAGAAGAGAGUCUAGUUUGGUGAAAGAGCACUAGACCGCGCCAGGGCAGUGCUCCUGGGUCGCUUCUUUCCGUGCUGUCAGGCCGUUUCCAGAGAAGAAUGGAGGGCAAAGGGAGGCUUGCAAUGGUGGAGGAUGCCGUGGAAUACCAUCUGUUCCUGAUACCAGAUGAGGCCAGAGACACAGACGGGCACAGGGAGAGUCUUCAGAAGUACAUUGAACAAAUCAUGACCCAGUUCGCACCCAUACUGGUCCCUUACAUCUGGCAGAAUCAGCCUUUCAACCUCAAAUACAAGCCUGCAAAAGGAGGUGUUCCCGCCCACAUGUAUGGCAUGACAAAGUUUGGAGACAACAUUGAGGAUGAGUGGUUUAUUGUUUACAUCAUAAAGCAGAUUACAAAGACGUUCCCAGAGCUGGUGGCGAGGAUCGAAGACAAUGAUGGUGAGUUCCUGUUAAUAGAAGCGGCCGACUUUCUCCCCAAGUGGUUGGAUCCAGAUAACAGUGCCAAUAGGGUGUUUUUCCAUCGUGGGGAGCUGUGUAUUAUUCCUGUGCCGAGGAAAUCCGAAAGGAUACCCUGGUUACCCAGGACGCCCCCAACCAUCCAGCAAGCGUUGAGUAUAAUCUCAGCACACCCAGAAGCUGUUCUGGCUUCAGAAUCUGUACAAGCUGCUGUGGACAGGCGCAUCCGUGGGUAUCCAGAAAAAAUUGGAGCCUCCCUCCACCGAGCACACUGCUUCCUUCCAGCUGGCAUCGUGGCAGUGCUCAAACAACGGCCCAGGCUGGUGUCUGCCGCUGUCCAGGCCUUCUACCUACGGGACCCCAUUGACCUGAGAGCCUGCCGCGUCUUCAAGACAUUUCUACCCGAAACACGGAUAAUGGCAUCUGUCACUUUCACGAAAUGUCUGUAUGCACAGCUGGUACAACAGAAGUUUGUGCCCGACCGGCGGAGUGGAUACGGCCUCCCACCUCCAUCGCAUCCUCAGUACCGGGCCCAUGAACUGGGCAUGAAGUUGGCUCAUGGAUUUGAGAUUUUGUGCUCCAAAUGUAGCCCACAUUUUUCUGACUCCAGGAAAUCCCUUGUCACAGCUUCACCACUCUGGGCCAGCUUCCUUGAAAGUCUAAGAAGGAAUGACUACUUUAAGGGACUGAUGGAAGGUUCUGCUCAGUACCAAGAGAGGCUAGAAAUGGCAAAGAACUAUUUCCAGCUCUCCAUCCACCGGCCAGAAAGUUCACUUGCCAUGAGCCCAGGUGAGGAGAUCCUAACCCUGUUAGAGACACUGCCAUUUGACAUUGCCGAGCUCAAGACAGAAGAAGCUGACCUUCCUCCUGAGGACGAUGACCAGUGGUUGGACCUCUCGCCAGACCAGCUGGAUCAGCUGCUGCAAGACGCUGCGGGCAGAAAAGACUCUCAGCCCGGUCCCCAGAAGGAGGAGCAGCAGAACUGUGAUGUAGGGCAGGUCUCAGACAGCAUGAAGGCCUUCAUCUCCAAGGUGUCAACCCACAAGGGGGCAGAGCUGCCCAGAGACCCUUCGGAAGCCCCGAUCACUUUUGAUGCAGAUUCUUUUCUGAAUUAUUUUGAUAAGAUUUUAGGGACAAAGCCUCAGGAGUCAGACUCUGAUGACCAGGACGAAGAUGACUUGGAGUGUUUAGACAGCGAUGAUGACUUGGGCUUGGAAGCUCAGGAGUCUGAAUCUCUGAAGGGAGCUCUUGGCAGUCUCAAGUCCCAUAUGGCCCAGAUGGACCAGGAACUGGCACACACCUGCAUGGGCAAAAGCUUCAGGACCCGGAAGCAACUGCAUAAGGACCCUCCAUCCCAGACUGCAAAUGACAAUUCAGAUGAGGACGAUUCUGGUGCAGGAGAUUGCACUGUUGAAGCCGUGGAUGUCGACCUGAACCUGGUCUCAAAUAUACUGGAAUCCUACAGCUCCCAAGCUGGUCUGGCAGGACCUGCUUCCAAUCUGCUACACAGCAUGGGCGUGCGGCUGCCUGACAACGCCGACCACCAUAGCAGCCAGUGACGGGUGAGCCUGCAAAUUGCCGCCCUUCUCACUGAAUGAACAGGGAGUCUGACUGUGCUCAUUCUCCCCCACUCUUCAUAAGAGUGGCUUCUGUACAGGCUUCAGAGUCCCAGCGCCACCUUCUCCCAAGACUCAUGAGUGCCUUUGGUUUGCUUUAGGUUUUCCCAAGACGGGGUUUCCCUUGUAGUUUAAUAAAACAUUGCCCUAUUGGUGUAAUUCUGAA